AAAAUUCAAACAAUAAAACUUUUAUUGCGAACAUAAAUUCAGUGGAGGAUGUUAUUAAAAAUUCAAUUGAUUUUCCUAUUCACGACGCAGUCUUGGGGUAAAGAUCACCCGAUAAUAGUGAAACUUGAUCCUGUCGAGAUAAUAAAAACUUUAGCGUCUGAAUCUUCCUUGAAAUAUCUACGAAAAUUGGCUGAUGUCUUUGCUAAGAAAGCCGCUGAGAAAUUUGUCAGCGAAAUAAAAAAUAAAAACUAUGACCUGCUUCACAAUAAUCACGAGUUUUUGAACGAGCCACGUACUACUAAAGAUAAACAUCAGAAUGCUGUAUUGGAUGAGGAAAAGGCGCUUGAACUUCUAGAAAAGCCAUCCCCAGAUGGGGACAAUUUGGACUUUGAACAAUUGGACUCGACCAAAGAAAACGAGGUGCCCGCAAAUACGAAACCUAUACCCGUUUACAGUUUGAUGAAAGUAAAUGGAAAAUAUGUUAGAAGAUUCUUAGGGAUGUUAUGAAUAUAACUAAAUGCAUUUUU